CAGGGUCGAAAGGAAGGAAAAGGAAAAAGAGGAAGAGAUGGAAGACGAGAAGAUUUGUAAAGAAUUCUUUCAAACUGGGCGAUUAAUUUUCAGUAAGCCCGAUGUAUAACUGGCCCCGAAUAGGUAGGGUGUACACAGAUAUAGCCACUCUCGCGAGAUAUUAGACAGGUGAGCGAGUUCCCAAGGGAACAAAGCCCCCAUUACCUCGUCUUACCAUCCCGUCCCGCUUACCUCGACAAACUCUCUACUCCUAAAACAUUCAUAAGACCUACGUAAGUGGUUUUUAAUAAAGGUAUUUAAUCAUAGGUGUCGGAUUACUCGUAAAUCGGCUGGUAGCGUCGUUGGAACCAACGGGGAAUUAAUCGUUAAAUCUAACACAGCUCUUCCCUCUUUGUUAGGGCUGCCCAAGGGACAUACGAAAAAUAAAAUUCGUAUCAUUUUCUUUUCGUCCUCUUCGAACGCGAGUUCUCCCGAUACGGAGAGACGCUCGUAGUAACGACCGUCGUUACGGUCAAAGCAAUUAUUUCUGGUAGAUAAUUAUUCCGUCGGAGAGAGAGAGAGAGAGAGAGAGAGAGAGAGAGAGAGAGAGACCACAUCUACUGUCCAGUUUCUUCGGUGCUUUCCUCGAUCUCAGUCGUUUAAAUAUUUUACUCCUUUCGAAUAAUUUCUUAUAACGAUGUUCCUAUUACUUUAUCUCCUCUUAAUAGUCCAUUACGCGCAAGCGGAGGAAUGUUUCGACGAUGGAAAUGAAUUUUGCAUCGAUCAAGACGACAUAUUAUCGGUCGAUCUAUUGCCGGGAUCCUUUUUGUUUGCCGAUUCAUAUCAGAAUAAAAGUAAUUCGAAACUAGAGAAGGCAACGGUAGACGGCACCUUCGACAAGGCUUUGAACGAAAUGGAUUAUCACAGAAAACGAAUGAACGAGUAUCUUUGUCACGGAUACAUGGCAGAGGAAAUCGUCAAAGAGGUAAGCAUUCCCAGGGUUAAACGGAAACCCAAUUCGGCACCUUCCAAACCCAUUAUGCCGGAUUUCUUGGGCAACGACAACGUGACCAUUCACGAGAAAAUGUUGUGGGACGAGGGUAGCUCCAAGUAUAAAAAUUGGCUACAAAAGACGACUACUUUGGACGACAUAUAUCGUCAUUAUUCGCCGCGCAGAACGUUGAAGAAGAAACAAGGAAUCAAAUACGAUCACGACAUCGAAGAAUUCGACGGCGAGGUCACCGGUUUUGCCAUGCAAGCACCCUUACCUUCCGGAAAAAUUGAAGUUUAUGAGCCUCCAAAUUCAAACGAAGAUCAUAUGCCUGCCGCUUCGGGACACAAUUAUCAUCAUUACGGAUACGGUCACGGUGAACAUUUCGGUCAUCCUGGAGAAUUUUUCCCUGCGAUUCAGGAGGAACAUUAUUAUCACGUCCCGUAUCAUCAGGAACAACAGGAGCACGAGGAGGAACAUCACAAGCCUGUCUAUCAUAGCAAAGGGAAGGGACACGAUCUUUCGUUGAAAGAUUUCUUUGAAAUUGCUCUCACCGCAUUAGCCUUCUUGGCGUUCGGUCUAUUCGUCAUACAGCUAUUGAUGAACGCCACGCAAAAUAUGACGAACGUCACUACCUCUAGUAGCCUGACGGACGCGUCGGAUGGGACGCGUUUCAAGAGACACGUCGGUGGCUUCCCAAUGACUUACGCCACUAAUCAAGAAUUGAAUGAAUUGUCUUAUCGCGUUUUGAGAUCGGUCGAGGCGGCUCUGAUUGCUGAUAUGGAUUCUGCCAAUUGUCUACGGAGAAUUCUCUGCGAGGACAAUCAAUAUUCAAAGAGUACUAACGAUGGUCGUAAAAUUUGGGUACCCGUUUGGAGCUUAGGGAUGAGCUGGAUCACAGGAAGAGUUUCUAAAGCUGCACCUUGGUCGGCAAUGCUGGAAUCUGUUAAGGCAUCGGUUCUUGGCUUGGGCGGAGCUAAUUGCACUUUGCUCUAUCCUAAUUGCGAUCUUCGCAAAGAGAGAAUCAAAAGACGUCGUAGACGUAGAAGAUAAUUCGUUUAAUCCUCGUUAAUAUUUCAUCCGAUAUUUAUUAGUUUUAAUUUAUUUAUUAGUUUUAGUUUUUACUUAAGGCGAUAAAAGAGCAUUGGAUUGGCUGGAUAAAACAAGCUGUUCUCUUGAUAUUGGUAAAAGGGUAGCGUGUAACGAGCCCGAUGGACGAACGUGAAAAAUAUGUCUGUUUUCUCUAUUCUGAAUUGCUCGGCAAUUUCCAAGAAUCGGUUUAGUACUCUCGUCGUAUAAAAUUCGAAAUUCGUCUAUCUGUAAUAAUUCCUUCCCCUUUUAUUAUUUUCCAAGGAAAUACGUCAUAUGUCACACGUGCAUAUUUUGCGUCGAUUAAAUCAACAACAAAGUAUUUACUUUUCAAACAAUUCGUAAGAUUCGUUGCAGUACCUGUUCUUUGGCUAUUCCAACAGGUUCUCUGCACACGAGCCACAUUAUACGGCGUGUCCAUUGUGGCGUUAUCGUCGAACCCCAAUAUACAAAAUAAUCUUCGGUAAAUGGUUUAAAAAUAUUCGUCAGUACGAUCGGUACUAAACGAAUGCUGGAAUUAGCGACUUUAAUGGAAGGCAAAGCGCUUACUAUCUCCUUUAAAAAUAUAUUAGAAAAUGUCUGCAACUGUGUGUAAAAUGUAAUUGAAGUAACGUGAAAAUGGUCUUUCAAUUAUUCAACAUUGAAUUUCAAUAUUACCUUUAAGAAGUAAACUAUUAUUAUAACGCCGUCGACUUGUCGAAGAGCUUGCUCGAAAUUUAAGUAUUGCGUUUUAAAGUGUACUACGUGAAGUUCCAUCGGCGUACUUUAAAGUUAAGAUUAUUUCAAUGAGAUUAGUAAUAAAGAGGGAGAGAGAGAGAGAGAGAGAGAGCUACGAAGAAAAUUCGCACACUUUGCACCAUCGGCGCGAUGCUCACUACCAUACAUUUCCGUUUCGCCCCAAUGAAAAUGCAUUUGUGAAAAAACGUAAUUUCCAUUAAGAGGACCACCAGUGAUAUAUGGCUUUUCCAUUAGCCACUUUGCACCGAGAACAGCUAUGAAAAUUGAGCUUGCGUUGCAUUCGCGUUACUCGGGUCGUUGUUAUUUUUCAUUGCGAACAUAUUAAUUAUUAAUAAUGACUUGAAAUAUGAGGAACUUGUUACCCGUUUGUCCUGUAUUGGUGAUCUUUAAUUUUCGCGGUGCAACGUCAUAAUAAAUCCAUUGCAAUGGCGCCAAAUUAAUCGGUGUCAUUUUACUGAUAUCCAAAUCGAUAGGAGAUGGCAGUUCUCCUUCUAUAAUGCCGAGUCCUUGAAUGAAUUUUGCAUUUUCUACGUUGACAUCGUCGACAUUCUCUAAACACGCAAAUCUAUUAGCUUAAUAAUCAGAAUAUUUAAUCGGAAUUUAUUCAUUAUUAAUUAAAUAAAUUUGUACCUUCCAUUGC